UUUCUCUUUAGGUUAAUUUAAAAAAGUAAUUAUAACUUGUUAUGUGCUAAAAUGUUUCAGUAAAUAUAUUUAUGGUUCUCUAUACAAACAUUAUGUAAAAUACCUUUUUCAUUGGCCUAAACUAUUUAGUGUAUAGCAAACUGUGUUGUGUAACGCAGUGCAUUGUAUGCAAUGUGAACAAGACUUGAGAAAUUCAAUAUAAUUUUAUAGUGCAGAUCUAUGUAUAUCUAACCAUAGAUCAGAGCGUGGUAUUUUAAUUUUACUUGACACAAUAAACAAUCGUCUGUUUAGUGAGAACAGAUGUUUUUAUCGUUGUGCAUAUUAUUAACCUUUAUUUACCUAUUCUGAAUGGAAACUACUUUGCCUUUGAAUAGCCAUAAAACUUCAUGAACUAAUAGAUUCUGCAUUUUGUUUUCGAAUAUUUAUUUAAAUAUUUUUUACUUACAAAUAAACUUGUAUCUUAUACGUUAUAAUAGUUUUUCAGUAUUUCUUAACUCUUAUUUUUAAUAAAAAUGGAGAUAGUGAUCAGAAACAGUUUUUAAUAACAUUGAAAAAUGGUGCUAAGUCGAAAUGAUAAAAGAAAGAGAAAAGAAGGGGAUUUGGUGGAUCUUAUGGAACCACUUUCAGAAUCUCCAAAGAGAACUAAAGUGCAUGCACAGAGAAAAUUUGCACAAGGGAGCAAACAAAUGUUUUGAAUCCUCCCUCCGCAUACUCCCAUUAAGAUAAGAGAUACUAACCAAGCAGUUAUAACUGAAUUAAUAAACACAUAAAAAGCGACCAAUACAGAAGACUUUUUAACAUUUCUGAUGCUUCAGAGGACAUCAAUCUUACCUCCAAGUUUAAAACUUUUUCAAUGUUGGAAUAAAAAGGAAAGCCUGACACCUAAGGCCAUUGCGUGCAUCAACUGAUAAGGCGUCUAUGUUCUAGUACCACAUCUAGUGAAAAAUCAGAAAUCAGACUCAAGUCAAAAAAAAAUUGUUACCAAAGUAAAACCUGCCAUUAAUGAUAAACAAAAGGUUUCAGGUUCAAUACAAAAAAAUAUUACUACAUUUAAGGGUGCAACAUCUACUGUACAAGCACUGAAAAAGAAGUAUCAAGAGCAACGUCUUGCUAAGGAAAGGAUUAAGAAUAAAUUUAAAACAUCCUGUGUCAUGAGAACAAGGUCUUGUACAGAAAGAACAAUGUUAAAAUCAACAAAUCAGUUGCCACCUAGAAAGUUCCUUCCAAGAAUUGAGACUAAAAGACUUGGUUUAAGGAGCAGUGUACUUGCAGACAAAACGAAAAGCUUCCCAAAAGUUAGUUCUGCUCCACCCAAACCAAAGAAGAAGGUAAUUGCAAACCAAAAUAGUAGCGAUACAUCAACUUCGGAAUCUACAUCUGAAGAUGAAGAGGAAGAAGGUCCUUCAGAAAAAUCAGUAUCACAAAUAAAACGUACAGCUCAAAAGAAUGUUCAAAAAAUAUGUACAAGAAGUAAAUCUGAAAUGAGAAGACUUACUAGAUCCCAUAGUGGAACAGUUUCUCCAAAAUCUUGUAGAAGACCAACAAGAAAGACAAAAGAGGCAGCUGCGGUAUAUAUGGAAAUUCUCGGGAGAAAGCUUAUAAGUCCUGCAUUAGAGAAUGAUGAUAAUAUUUCUAUGGAUAGCUUUCCAGAAUUACCAAAUGCACGAAAAAGUGCUCAAACAGAAAAUGAAGUUAAGACUAAAGCAAAACAGUCUGUUUCAAAACCAGUUACGAAAAACAAAGAUGGUAAAAUUACUGGUAUUCAUAGUGUAUCAAAUAAACGAUUAGACAAAACUAAAGUUAGUAAAAUUGCUUUUAAAAGUAAGACUAAUAAGAGUUCAAAAGUAUGCGAAAUAGAUAGUGAUGAGGAAUCAGUAAGUUCUUCUAAUGAUACAGUAACAAAGGCUGUUACAAGACGGAGUUUAGGAAAUUAAAUAAACCCUACAAGCCGAUAUCUUCGAUCUUCUACGAAAAAAGGUACACGAAUUGAAGUUCAAAAUAAUGUAAAUAUCAAAUAAUCUCAAGUUCAAAAUAAUUUACGGUUUAAUAAAGAAAAAUUUGUAAUAAAACGCUAAACGAGAACAAAAUUUAGUAAAUCAUCACCUGAAAAAGGUGGAAUUAAACAAAAGAAGGAAAAAUACAAAAUAAUGCACAUGAUAUCCACAGAUUCUGAUGAAGAAACUUUAGGAAUGCUGCUUAAUAAGUUAAAAAGAAAGAAAAAUAAUAAUAAUAUAUUAAUAUUAAUAAUAAUGAAUAGUAAUUGUGAUGUUAUAGAUAAAGUUGAACAGUCAUUAGAUGAGAAUUCUGUAAAAGUGGAUCUUUCAAAAGUAUCGGACGACGAAGAAUCUUUUCGCGGGUUUACCAAAGCAAAACGAUAUCUAAAGUAUUAAAUUCUUGUUCAAAACCCUGCUAAUGCUAAUCUUCUAGUCACGGAAAAAAGUACUGACACAUCAAAAACGACUAACAUUGAAGAUGUAAAAGAUUCAGAUGCAUCUAAUCAACAAGAAAAUAAGGAAUUAAUUAAUAAUGAUCCUUGUUUACAUAAAACUUCUCCCACAACAAGUGUGCCAAAUAAUCAAUGUGUCCAAUCUGAAAGAAUUCAAAAGACAAAAUUGGAAUUUACAAAACAUAUUGAAAAAGAUUGUCAUCACAAACCAGAAAUGUCUGGAAAUGAUGUAGAUAUGUCUUUGUCAACAUUACAUGUAAGAAAAGAAAAGGUAAACAUGUCAACCGAGCAAAUUGAAAAAUGGUUGAAUGAAAGUUCGUUUGCCAAAGAAGAAAGUAAAUUGGAAAUGGAAAAUGUAUCUGCCUUUAAAUAUGAUGUUUGUGAAAAAAAAACCGAUGUAUCACAUUUGUCUAUUUCAACAAAAAUUCAACAUUUGGUAAGACCAGUUAACGUUACACUUUCAAAAUUAGCAGAAAAGGCAAACGCGAAAGAUCGUAUGAAUAUGCAGAAUAAAUGUAUAUCCAUUACAACAAUGGACAUGAAGUCCAUUGAUGUAAAGCAGGAAAAUGAAUUACUAUGUGAAUAGAAUACCGCAGAGUUGAAAGAUGUUAAUAAAAACACGAAUGUAAAAUCAAGUAAGGAUUCAUGUGCUGGAGAAGAAAUGAUAUUGCAUUAAAUGUGAUCAAAUAUAGUAGAUGUAACUGGCGAAAAAAAGUGUCAGGUGAAAAGAAAACCAUAUUCCAACCAAGGAAAACCAUUUUUUACCAAAAGUUAAGAACGUAAAACAGUAAUUCCUAAUGCAAAUGCAUUUUCUCCAGAAAAUGAAAGUAGUGUUUAUGCAUUUGAAAGUGAUACUGAAAUUCCAGUUAAUACUCCAUUUAGACGUAAAGUUCGUGAAUCUACCAGAUCAAACAUGGCUAUUGCUUUAUCUGAAAGUAAUGAACAAAAAGCUGAAAGUGAUACAAUUAAAUCGGAAAAUAAUACAAAUAAGAAUGUAGAAAAGAUAAUCACAGAUGAUUGUGAGAUAACCGAAUUAAAAGAAAAUUCCAAUACUGUCCUUCUACCAAAAGAAAGUGAAACAGUUGAAACAAAAAAUGUACCAAUGCAAACACUAAAUAUAAACAAAUUUGAAUUACAAAAUUUCGCAACUUUAGCUAAUAUACAAGUUCUACCAUUGGAUAUAACUACAACUUGGAGUAAUGUAAAUUGUAGUGCUUCAAUUGCUGUACAAGUAAAUCUUGAUGAUAAUGCACAGUCACAAGAACAUGGAGGAGAAGGAGAUUCAAAUCCACAUAAAGUACAGAAAUAUCACCUCAACUGAGAGUAAUAAUGAAACGACGAUGAGAAUGAUGGUCAACUAUUUUAUAUACCAUUACAAGCUGUUACAAGAAAUGGACCAAAUUUAGUUCAAGGUCAACAAUUAAUUCAAGGUGUAGCUGUUAAACUUGGUACCGAAGGACCAACUGGACCUAAUCAGAAAGUUCUUUUAAGAGCCAAAUUAGUUACAAAACCUCCAGCGUCUAUUGCGCGUUGUCCUCCUGUAGGUACGGUGCAACCUACAACUCGUACACCACCAAAUUCUACUUUUAUAACAACAGAUCACUCAACACCAUCUACCUCUUCAAGUGCAGCUUCAAUUAUCACUGCACCUAUCCCCGAAACUCAAUCAUCUUCUCCAUAAAAUGAAAACGUAAUACAAACUGUAAACAGGCAAACAUUGGGUUUUAUCAAAUGUGGAACAGAAAAAUUGACGAAAUCUCCGAAAACUUCUAGAGAAAGAAAAACAUCUAUUGAUUCAAAUAAAAAUGGGAAAAGGUGUCAAAUUAAAUCAAAACAGAAAGUUCUGAAGUUUAUUCUCAUCUAUAAUGUAACAUUUCCAAAAAUGUCAAAGGAUGCUCGUAACAGUGAAGCAUGCUUAGUCGAAGCUCCAACAUUUCAUCCUAGUGAGAAGAUUUUCAGAUCCUCUAGAAUAUAUAGACAAAAUAGACCAGUUGCAGAAAAGUUUGGAAUAUGCCGAGUUGUACCACCACCCAAUUUUAAGCCGGAAUGUAAAGUAUCAGAUGACAUGAGAUUUACUGCUUAUAACCAGUAUGUGCAUCGUAUGCUUCAUAGAUGGGGUCCUAAUGUGAAGGAAAUGAUGGCUAUAAAGAAAUACUUGGCCACGCAAAGCAUAACAUUAACUCAUCCACCUUGGAUUGGUGGCAUGGAAGUUGAUUUACCUCAUCUAUAUCAGACAGUUCAAAGCUUAGGUGGAUUAAAGGAAGUUAUUGAAAAGAAAAAAUGGCAGAAAGUAGCCGAUGGUAUGAAGAUACCAAAAUCUGCCCAAGAUCGUGUAACCAAAUUAGAUGACAUUUAUUGUAAAUAUUUACUACCAUAUGAUACGUUGUCUCCAGAGGAAAGAGGCAAGCUAUUUGAUGAAGUUGAAUCUGAAUGGAUAAAAAAAGAAAGUAGAGCUUUACAGAGGCAAAACGCACCAGUUACUGAAAAUGAAGAAGAUGAAGAUGAUGAUAGUUCUGAUGAAAUUGAAGAGUGCAUUGUAAAAGGUAGAAAUAUGCCAUUAAAUGCUUUUUAUCGUAUCGCACGAAAUACACAACGUAUGUGGUUUGGUGAAAACCAACGAUCUGGAAAUGAAGCUGAAGGUGCUUCUGCUGAUGAGGUGAAAGCGCAUUUGGAAACAUGUUGCAGAAGAAAACGGCAUGUCUGUGUACAUGCUGCAAGUAUUGAUUCAAGUGGCGUGGGUUUGGAUUUCUGUUGCUAAAAAUAGUCCAUUUGCAAGACACCGUGGAACCUCAAAGUACUUACUAAUAAUGCUGGAUCAGUAUUACGCGCUUUAGGGCCCAUAUUAGGUGUGACAGUACCAACACUUCACGUGGGCAUGUUAUUCAGUGCCUGUUGUUGGUAUCGCGAUCCUCAUGGUCCCUGGAUAGAAUAUUUGCAUACUGGUGCUAAAAAUUGGUAUGGUAUACCAGAUGAACACAACAACCAUUUUAGAGCAAGCACUAUCAAAAAUGGUUGCCGCGUUAUUGUAAAAAAUAAAACUAUAUGGUUACCAUCAGAUACAGCCCUGGUUCCUCCAGAAUUGUUAGUUAGUAACGGAGUGUCAUUAUGUCCAACUGUACAAGAACCAGGGCAAUUUAUAAUUGUUCCUAAAGCAUUUACAUCAAGCCAUAGUACUGGUUACGUGGUUUCUGAAGUUGUUUACUUUGCACAACCUCUCGUGGCUAGAACUCGCGGAACAAGUAUUAAAGACAUACACGAUAGCUGUGAACCACUCGAUCUUUUCAUUUGAGCGAUAUUAUUCAAUAUUGUUAAUGAUUCUAGAUUUCUCAUAUUAGAAAGUCAUUUAAAACAGAUUCUACCAAGUGUAAUUAAAAUUCGUGAAAAAGAAAUAAGUUCGAAACAGUUAGUAUCAGUGGGUUUAAUAAAUACAGAAAGAUUACCUCUGCCGGAUAGUGGAAAAACGAAAAAGAAAGGGAAAAACGUGAAAGAGGAUGAUGGUGAUUUUGAAUGUGAAAUUUGCAGAGCUAAUCUAUUUGUUUCAUUGGUUAGUAAUUCCCAAGAUGACAGUAUUUUACUGUUUACCACAUGCAUUGCAAUUAUUUAACAAGAAAAGCAAGUUUUAAAACAUAGUACUUUAAUGUAUACAUACAAGAGUUUUCCUUUUUAAAUAGAUGAAUUGGAUGACUUAAUUCAUAAACUGGGAGAGAGAAUUGAAGCCAAAUAAAAGACUAAUCAAAUCAAACAGACUAAGUAAUGAGCCUACGAAGUUAUUUAUUAAAUUAUAUAGGUAACAAUUAUUUAUUAAUCUAUAUUAAAGUAUAAUGAUUAUGUUAGGUAUACAUCAUAUUUAUUCAUUUUAUCGUAGUAAUACAAUUGUAUAUACAAAAUAAGUUCAUUUCAUUAUUUUAAACGGAUCAACUUAAAAUAUUAAAAAGAAAAAAAAAUCAAACAACUAUCCAUGCAUUACUAAUAAAACUUAAUUUUAAUACGAAGAAGGUCGCUUUUACUUUAUAUUGCUUUUAAAUACAAUAUUUAUACACAUAUUUCCUUACACUUGAUUAUCAUAUAUUAUAUUGUCAAAUAUAACAUUUAAGCAGAGUUUACAGCAUAAUAAAAAUUGAAUCGUGUAGAAUAUUUCUUACAGUAAGUGAAGUUCAUAGUACUUGUUAUUCAAAAUUAAAUAAAAUAUAAAAUAACAUACUUAUAUAUACAAAAUUUAUUAUAAAUUUUAAAGUUAACAUUCUCAAUAUGAGAACAUACAAAUUAAAUUUCUUUGACAUAUGUUACUAGUAUUAAUACACAGAUGAGUUUGUGUAUUAUCAAAUGAGCAUCACGUAAUAAUAUAAAACGUAAUGUUUCAAAAAUGUAUAAAUACAAUAUUUUACAUAAGUAUUAAAAACAACAAAAUUGUAAGAAAAUUCUUUAUAAACGACAUUAGUAUUCAUUAGUUAUUAACUUUUACUUAAAUCCAUGGAUAUUUAUGCACAUUACAAAAAAUAAUAUUAAACAAUAAUACUAUCUUUUUACUAAAAUUCUGACUGAAAAAAUUACAUUAAAUUUGCAAAUGUUAUUAACAACAUUCAAUUUACAAGCAGUAUUCAAUUAUCUAUUAUUAUACUGUGCGUUUAUUGGAUCCUUAAUGUUCAAAAAAAAAAAAUAAAAAAAUUAAAAAUACUACUAAUCGGUAAGAUAUGAUUAUGCCAUUUUCGAAUAAAGAACUACUAACACAGACUGAAAUUUUUAGGGAUAAGUUAAACUUAUAGAAAGUCCUUAAAUAAAUAUAAUUCACGGUAUUAUUUAUGAAAGGAAUGGUCUUUUAACUCUUUUUACCAUAAUAAAUAUUUGUAUGCCUUCUUUUUUUAUGCACUGUUUAUAUGUUUACAACAUUAUAAAUAAAUGCUGGAGUAAAAGUUUAGGUGUUCAUGUUCAUAUAAUCAUAGAACAAAUGAAUUUGGUACAUUAAUAUAAAGUUUACCAAUAAUAUAGACUACAUCCUUAAACAUAUGACUCAUUAAUGAAAAUUUCAUUAAAAAUAAAAGCAGUUGUAGGAUAUACAACUGAAUACAAACAUAAGAAUAGUUAUAAAAUGCAGUAUGUAUGUCAGACAUGGAAUGACCUUCAAUAGUAAAUAAAUCUUGUCUUGUUGCACACCAA